AUGUACAACGCACAUCGCGGGAUGGUUCCCGCGCCCAACUCCCGUCUGACGGAGCUGUUGGACCAGUUGCGCCAGGAGUUCGAAAACCAGUCAAGAAGCACUGGCGAGUUCGAACACCAAUGUAUGUUACUUUCUUCCUCUUCCCCACACUCACAUGGCUUCCCGGACCUGUCUUUUCCCCGGUUGGAGACUGGCAGACCGUCACUUCCUCCCCCAACGUUGCUCCAUCUCGACUACGAAAAUGACACUGAUACGAUCAUUCGAUCAUCUGCUGACUCGAUCCCUCCUCCCCCCGCAGUAACUGGGCAACUUCAGGAAAUGGAGAUGAUCCGACAGAAGGUCUACCAAUUGGAACAAGCACAGAUUAAGAUGAAACAAGAUUAUGAAGCGGAGAUUCGGGUGUUGCGACAUGAGCUUGAGUCGCGCGGUGUGCCGACUGUUUCGUCCCAUAUUGCCGGUCCUGCACCGCAUGCCGGCCCUUCUCAGCCCCCUCCACCCGCACUGGGCCAUGGCCCAAGCAACCUAUUCGGCGGUAUUAUGACCAACCAAGGAGGUAGUGGUCCCGGUCUUGCCCCUCCCCCUCCCCAGGAUCAGCAGCCUCCCCAGCAUACCCUUCAACAGCCUGCUCCCGCGGCUCAACAAGGAGCCCCUCAACCACCGCAGAGCUCCUUUGGGGGAUAUCAACCUGGCGCUGCUGUGAACGGUUAUGGACCCCCUCCUCCUCCAACCGCCUCCCCGGGCCCGGGAAAGAGACCCCGGGCUCCUCCCGGCCCAGCGACUCCCCAGCAAACCCACCAGCUGGCCUACCCGGACCCUCGCGUGUCUCCUCAAUUGGCGCGGCCUACCCCUCCUAGCCAGGCCAUCGUGCGCGAACGUCCCGGCAACAUGCUGGCCAACUGGAACCCCGAUGACUUGCCUGCCUCGCAGAAGCGAGAGGGGGCCGACUGGUAUGCCGUCUUCAACCCCGAGGUGCAACGAGUGCUGGACGUCGAGCUCGUCCACCAUCUUGUCCAUGAUAGCGUCGUGUGCUGCGUUCGUUUCAGCCGGGAUGGUAAAUACCUGGCUACCGGCUGCAACCGCUCCGCCCAAAUCUUCGACGUCACCACCGGUCAGAACGUCGCCACAUUGCAAGACGAGAACGUCGACAAGAACGGAGAUCUUUACAUCCGUAGCGUUUGCUUCAGCCCGGACGGAAAGUAUCUCGCCACCGGAGCCGAAGAUAAACAAAUUCGCGUGUGGGACAUUGCCGCCCGAACCAUCAAACAUAUUUUCACGGGUCAUGAGCAGGAUAUCUAUUCCCUUGACUUCGCCGGCAACGGCCGCUACAUCGCGUCCGGUAGUGGCGACAAGACCGUGCGUCUUUGGGAUAUUCUAGAUGGGAAGCUUGUCUACACACUCAGCAUCGAAGACGGAGUGACCACCGUCGCCAUGUCCCCUGACGGUCACUACGUUGCAGCCGGAUCUCUGGACAAGAGCGUUCGCGUUUGGGACACGACGACCGGAUACUUGGUGGAGCGCCUUGAGAGCCCGGAUGGUCACAAAGACAGCGUUUACUCGGUGGCAUUUGCCCCCAACGGUCGGGAUCUUGUCAGUGGCAGUCUCGACAAAACGAUUAAGCUUUGGGAGCUUAACGUUGCCCGCGGAGCCUACCCCGGAACCGGGUCCAAAGGUGGUAAAUGCAUCCGAACCUUUGAGGGUCACAAGGACUUCGUUCUCAGUGUCUGUCUGACUCCCGACGGUCACUGGGUUAUGAGUGGCUCGAAGGACCGAGGCGUUCAGUUCUGGGACCCUAUCACCGGAAACGCGCAGAUGAUGCUCCAAGGACACAAAAACUCCGUUAUCUCGGUUGCCCCCAGCCCCACGAACAAUCUGUUCGCGACUGGUAGCGGUGACAUGCGCGCAAGAAUCUGGCGGUAUGUUCCUGUCUCCUCCCCCUAA